CCGGGGUCAGUCUUUGAGCUGCACACACUCAGAGUGAGUCUCGGUUCAGACAUCGCACACACAAACAGUAAUCAUGUCCGCUGAUAAGUCCAAGACCUCUUCCCAGACUGACGGCAAGGCCACUCAGGGCAAGAAGUCCGAGAUGGGAAUGAUGUCCUACAAGAUGUACGUGUUCGACCAGGAGAACUUCCAGGGUCGCAUGAUCGAGAUCACCAACGAGUGCAUGAACGUGUGUGAGAUGGGCAUGGACCGCGUGCGCUCCCUGCGUGUUGAGUGUGGACCCUUCGUGGGAUUUGAGCAGAUGAACUUCUGCGGCGAGAUGUACAUCCUGGAGAAGGGAGAGUAUCCUCGCUGGGACUCCUGGAGCAACUGCCAGAGGAACGACUACCUGCUGUCCUUCAGGCCCGUCAGGAUGGACCCCGAGAAGCACAAGAUCUGCCUGUACGAGGUCGGUGAGUUCAAGGGCCGCAAGAUGGAGAUCAUGGACGACGACGUCCCCAGCCUGUUCUCCUACGGCUUCACGGACAGAGUGGGCAGCGUGAUCGUCAGCUGUGGAACCUGGGUGGGKUACCAGUUCCCUGGAUACCGUGGCAGCCAGUUCCUGCUGGAGAAGGGUGACUACAGGCACUUCAACGAGUACGGCGCCCGCUGCCCCCAGUUCCAGUCUGUGAGGCGCAUCCGCGACAUGCAGUGGCACCCACACGGCUGCUACACCAUGGCCAGCAAGUGAGGCUCAGGGAAGGAGAGGAAGAGGAAGAGCGGAAGUGAGGGAGAGGGGCGGAGGAAGAGAGGGAGGGGGAGAGACACCUGAGGCCUCUGCUCUCUCUCCCCCCCUCCCGCCACCACCCAGUCACAGAGAAGACCUCCGCAGAACGACCAGCCAGACCGUGAACCCCACCCUCCAUCCCUCUCUGUCUCCUCUCUUCUCUUCCUCCCCUCUGAGCUGAGCUUUGCUCCCCCCACUAGCCCCCUUCUCCCUGUUUUCUCCUCUUUUUUAAGUCCCUCACUUCACACCCCUCCCUCCACAGUCCUCUGAGACGCCAAAGAGGAAGCAACAAUACCUCUUGCUGUUUUACACACACGAUUCUCGGCUCAGGGUUAWGAUGCACCACGGUAAACUGAGUCCUCGGAGCCCCCACUAUGUCACCCCCGCCCCUGUGCUUUACAUCCUUCUCUGCUGUACAGAAUCCUGGCCAAGUUUUCAAUAAAAAUAUGAAYCUUGAUUUCAAA